AUGCUUUUCUACCUAUCUUUAAUUGCCCUUGUGGCCCUUCUCGUUCUGAUCCUUCAUCGAUAUCGUUCUUCAAUUGCUCCUCAUAUUCCUCGCCGCGUGCAAUCACUGUUCCCUCAAUUCAACCACUAUGUUCCUCUAUCGACAUUUGCAGAUCAAGCAGGUGCUGGAAUGUCGUCUUCAAAUUUUGACAUCGAAGCCAACAUAAUGGAUGGAGACUCGAGAAGCGGUCUCGAUGAAAGAGGAACUCAGGAAGUGAUGGAAAUCAUGCGUCAGGAGAGAGUCAACUUUGAUCAGGCUAGGUUGAUUCGGCACAACAGGAUUCUUGCAAGCAAUGGAAUUGACCCCUCAGGAAUGCCGUUAGAUUCAAAGGCUGUCACUCAUCUGUAG